AAAUAUCAGGUGAAGGUCGGUUACAAGAAGAUAAAAGACGCAAGUUUAAGCAGCGUGCAGUCGUGCCUUAUAUAUCUUUGAUGAGGAUGUCGGUCCUUAUGGAACGCGAUUACAAACUAGGGCCUGAUUGGACGGAACGCAUACAUUUCCCAAUCCAGUUAUACCGGCUCCACUCUACCCUAAGCCAUAUAUUACAGGCCCAUCUCCAACCACGACAACUUGACCUGCACCAAAUUCGCUCGGUGAGUAAUUCUUCAACAAUCCAAAAUGUUGUUACAAUCUCCCCUUAAUUUAUCCCGGGGCUGGCCUGCGUCAGAUUUGUUCCCUAUUCAAAUACUACAAAAUGCGGCAGUGUCUGUUUUGUCAAAUCCCAUCAUAACAGAGCAAGGGCUAGGAUACGGCCCAGAUGAAGGGCACUUCGAACUUAGACGGAAUAUUGCCGACUGGCUGAGCAGAAACUAUAGCCUCUCGAGCACAGUGGGUGCGGAGCGUAUCUGUAUCUCUGGAGGUGCCAGCCAAAAUCUGGCAUGUGUCCUACAGGUUUUCACUGAUCCCAUGCAUACAAGAUACGUAUGGAUGGUUGAACCAAUCUACCAUUUAGUAUUUGGUAUCUUCCAAGACGCCGGUUUCUACAAUCGGCUAAGAGCCGUGCCCGAGGAUGAAUGUGGCUUAGACGUGGACUUUCUUGAGAAAGCCCUCCAGAAAAGUGCCAUAGAUCAUCAACCUGUGGCGGCUCCAGAGCGCCCUUACCGGAAGACAUACACACAUAUCAUCUAUUGCGUUCCAACAUUUUCUAACCCGUCCGGGAUUACGAUGCCGCUGUCACGGCGCGAAGCUCUUGUACGCCUCGCGCGCAAGUAUGAUGCUCUAAUCAUUAGCGAUGAUGUUUAUGAUUUCUUGAACUGGGAGCCAGAAGGCGCUGCAGGUGGUGAGAGUACCCGUUUGCCGCGGAUCAUUGACGUGGACAGAUGUCUAGACGGGGGACCACCUGAUCUGUUCGGGAACUGCACCAGUAAUGGAAGUUUUAGUAAGAUCGUUGCGCCAGGGUGUCGGGUUGGAUGGGCGGAGGGAACGCCAGAGUUCAUUCGUGACCUCUCUGCAGCGGGCUCGUCACACUCUGGUGGUGCACCUUCACAGCUCAUGUCCACCUUCAUCAACGAUAUGUUAGAGAAUGGUUCUCUUGACAGGCAUAUACACGAAACGCUCCUGCCGGCGUAUUCUCGACGUGCUCGUGCUCUCACAGCGGCUAUCAAACAGCACCUUCUUCCACUCGGCGUGACCUUCGUAUCUAACUCGGACACCUACUCCGUACUUGGAGGUUACUUCAUAUGGCUUAAGCUCCCCACUACUCUGAACGCCAAGGAGAUAACUCAGAUAGCGCUAAAGGAACAGAACCUGGUGGUUGCAGAGGGAGAAUUAUUUGCUGUACCGGGGAAUAACUUACCAGAGAAUGAGUUGGGACAUAAACUUAGACUGUGUUUUGCCUGGGAGAAGGAGGAGAGGUUCAAUGAGGCAGUGGAGAGACUGAGCCGCGUUAUACGGAGCGCACUUGGCUGUACAUAACACUACUUCCAGGAAUAUAGUAGUAGUAAGAGUCAUGUUGAUCACAUUCUAACUACUUGAACACAUGAAACCACGAGUACCACCUA